CUUUCCCUUUGGGCCGCGCCCACGCCGUUGACCGCGGCCUCCGAUUGGUCAGCCCGUUGACAGGUGUGGGCGUGUCCGUGCGCUGCGCCCUCACGUCACGCCUCUCACGUCGCCCUCUCCCGUAGAGCUCCGCCCACCAUCAUGGCUGCGGCUCCUGUGUGAGAACGGGAGCCGGGACAGGAGGGAGCAGCUGCGGCCACAGGAGCUCUGCUUCCCCGAUACCUCAGGACGGGCUCAUGGCGUCGGCGUCCUCGGUGCCUGUUGGGUUCCACUGUGAGACGAAAUAUGUGGUGCUCAGCUACCUGGGAUACCCCCUGCAGGAGGCGCCGAGGGAAGGCCCCUUCCGGGCAGGAGCAGCGGCCAAAGAAGAACUGGAGAAACUCAAGGCCGAGAUAGAAGAGGAGCUGAGGAAGCUGGAGGAGGAAAUCUCUGCAGCCUUCCCUAGCACUGGGUUUGACAUGCACACCUCUCCAGUCUUCAGUCCCGCCAGCCCGGACAGCACCAUAGAGGAAUGUUUGGCUCAGCUCGCGGAGCGGAUGUGUCUUGAGAUCCCGGCUGCGCUGGACAAGGCCUCAGAGAACCUCCUACGCGGGAGCCUGACUUAUGAUGUGUUCAAGAAGGAAUCUGACGAUGUUGCAGCACAGACCUCCGGCUGGAAUAAGGUACUGGUACCUCUUGUCCUGCUGCAGCGCCUCCUGCUGGAGCAGACCAGACGUGGCAAUCGCCAACUAGACAAUCUCAUACACCUCGGGGUCAUGUACAUGGAGGACGUGUGCGCAGACUUCAUCAUCCAGCAAGGAGGAUGGGGUACAGCUUUCAGCCUGGACACUGAGGAAGAAGAUGUCCCGGGUCUGAUUGCAGAGGAUAGCAACGACAUCUACAUCUUGACCAGCGAUAACUCGGAACAGGUCAGUCCUCCUGAGAGCCUGGCCAUCUCUUCCUCCUGGCACACCGAAAGCUUGCCCACUUCCCUGGGUCCCGAGUCCUGGCAGCAGGUGGCUAUGGAUCCCGAGGAGCUGAAGAGCUUGGACAGCAAUGGCGGAGGGGAAGAACGCAGCGAGAACAACUCCUCCAACUCUGAUAUCGUGCACGUGGAGAAGGAGGAGAUAGCAGAAGUCAUCGAAGAGGCAGCUGUGGUAGAGGAAAGACUUGAGCGAGAAGAAGAAGAAGAGGAGGAGGAGGAAGAGGAGGAGGAAGACAUGGAGGCAGAAGAGAGGGAAAUCCUUGUCAUUCCUUCUGCCACGACGACCACCCUCUCUGCCCCAUCCCCUCCAUUGGUGGAAGAGAAGGAGAGCCCACCUCCUCCAGUAUUGGAGCCCCCAAAGGUGGACAUAACCAUAACGAGAGCUCCAGAAAAGGAGCCUCCCGAGGAACCUAAAGAAGACGUCUCGGUUCCUUCUCCAUUGGAGCUGACAGAAAAAUUAGAAUCCCCCAUGUCCCCUUUGCUGCCUCAAUCGACCGAAAUGGGGGAAGAAAAACCUGUUUUCAUUUCGGAGGGGAAAUCGAUCCUCCUGUACGGAGGAGCAGCCGCUGUUGCCAUUUUGGCGGUAGCGGUGGCCAUGGUGAUGGCGCUGAGAAAAAAAUAGGAGUUGAAUGGCAGAAGGUUGCUUCUCCCUCUCAAGUCUGCCCAGUUCCCUCUUGUGCCACCCGUGUUGCUCGUAACCCAGACAGUAAAAAGAAAAAAAAAUUAUUAAAAAUAAAAUGGCCGAAACCGAGGUAGGGAAGCCGGGGCGAGAAGCUCCUGAGAUCUGGUGUGGGGGAGGAUGGGACCUCUCUACCGCCUAUAUAAUUUCUCUGCACUGGCUUGACCGAGCUGUUAACUCUUCUGUUGCCAUCACUGCCAGGGCCGCCACCAGAAUGCCUCAUUGUGGCAAAAAAAAAAGUCACGCAACGGUGGUCAAGGCCACCAAAAAAAAUACCAAAAACGGGUAGAAAUAUGUUGGAUCCUGUGGUUGUAGAAUGACUCCCUCCCCCACCCCCUAGCUUACAAAAGAAAGCACUUAAACCGUAACUGGGAAAGACGCAGCUGCCAUCUUUAUUCUGUGCCCAUCUAC